UCUGAUAUGUUUUUGGCUACGAUCAGAGUCAAUGAAAUACGGGCAAUCUGAAACCGCACCGAGGCAGAUAGUUUUUUCCAGAAUAACAGAUAGUAGUUUCCGUUCUUUACCGGGAUCUCGGCGGCAUCUUCAAUGCUCCUUAUCGGUGAACGCCACAACGAAUGGGUUUUGUGUACUGAUCCGCCAGCAGCGGAUAAAGAAAGGAAGUGACUCAUCCUCGUCCGGUCAGCAGUACGGGUCCGACUUGGACACGCUGGACGUAACGAACAUGUACCCGCAAAACCUAUUGACGAUUCCGGCGCACCAUCAUUUUGAAAGGCAAAUUUCCGAACCGAUCAUUCCAACAUCGCCGGCCGUAUCGUCUCCACCGGAAGCGCGAUCAGCACCCGCGGAUCGUUCACACGGUGGACAUCGUCUCACCGUAUCUCAGCAGCCAUAUCUUGCAAGAACAUGUGAAACAACACUCCCACCCAUUGUUGCCAAGGCGUUUCAGGCUAUUUCGUCAUACCCACCACACAAAGCUCAACUCCGUUGACCCUGGUCACCAGUAGUAAUGGGUCCACCAACUAUCUUACGCCGUCCUCCUCUCUGAAAACCGAUUCGGACGAUGAACCGUCGAUACCCGUUCCCCC